AUGCAAGGGGUAGGGGGGUGCCGGGGACGCCCCUGGCUCCAGCCCCAGCAGGCCCUGAGGUGCCCCUACGCCCUGCCCGCAGGCUGCCUGCUCCUGGCGCCCGCCACGGCCAACCUGACCUGGAACAGCACCCACUCCCCUUUCCCGCCGCCCCCGCCCCCGUCGAGGGUGACCCUGACACCCAUCUCGGUGGAGAGCCACCGGACCACGGCGGCUCACUGCUGCUCCAGCGACUCCAACGUGGUGGUGAAGGCCGGCCCCACAUCCCGCACCUUCACGGUGGGCGACCACGCCAGCCUGGAGUGUGAGUUCAAGGCACCCAGGGAGGCCACGGUGACCUGGAACCGCGUCUACCCCCGCAAGAACUGCAGCGCCUUCUUCGCCCCCGUCAACGUCAGCUGCAGCAACUGCUCCGUGGUGCGGCAUGAGGACCGCGCCACCCUGGCCUUCCACCACGUCGGCAAGGACGACGCUGGCCUCUACUUCUGCCGCGUGGAGGCCGGCUGGGCCGCAGGGCAGUCGUGCGGCACCUACCUGCGUGUGCGCAAACCGGUGGCCAUGCCCUUCCUGAACCUCAAGGAGUCCACCAAGAACCGGAUCAUCACCGCCGAGGGCAUCCUGCUGCUGCUCUGCACCGUGGGACCCGGCCUCUUCCUAUUCUUCCAGAAGCGCUGGGCCAACGAGCGGCUGCUGCAGAGCAAGAAGGGCGCCUGUGAGGAGGAGAACCUGUAUGAGGGGCUCAACCUGGACGAGUGCUCCAUGUACGAGGACAUCUCGCGGGGGCUGCAGCCCACGUACCAGGAUGUGGGCAGCCUGGGCGCCGGCGACACGCAGCUGGAGAAGCCGUGAGGGGCCGCCCGGCAGGCCCGCGCCCCGCUCCGGUCACUGCGCCGCCCGGCCUCCCCCCGCCCUCUGGCUUCCCCUGCGCGUGGGGGCUCGGUGCCGCGUGGCCACAGACCCCCGGCACCGCCCCCUCCCAGCUCGAGCGCCCCCGGCUUCGCUUGGCUGCUGAAUCGCGGGGUGCCCUGCACCUGGG